GAUUUUCACUUAAACAGAGUUAAUUUGGAAGAAUCUUCAGGAUUGGAAAAUACUCCAGCUGGUGCUAGACCAAAGAGAAAAAACAAGAAGUCUUAUGAUUUAACUCCAGUUGACAAAUUUUGGCAGAAACAUAAAGGAAGUCCAUUCCCAGAAGUUGCAGAAUCAGUUCAACAAGAACUAGAAUCUUACAGAGCACAGGAAGAUGAAGUUAAACGACUUAAAAGCAUUAUGGGACUAGAAGGGGAAGAUGAAGGAGCCAUAAGUAUGCUUUCUGACAAUACUGCUAAGCUAACAUCAGCUGUUAGGUAAGUAAGAAAUAUAUCC